AAACCACAUUAUGGACCACGAAUACAGGGAUCAAGUGGUGAAGUUAUCUCAGGCCGAGGAUUACACGGCCUUUGAAGACCUGAUUCAGAUGGCAGGUUGUAUAUCCAUGGUCCAUACGCUGAGCAGGCGACAAGAAAUGUGCAAGGCCAUAACAAAAUUCAUUGUGUUCGGACGUGCACAUCAAGGUUUUGACCAAUUCUGCAGAGGACUUGAAACGCUUGGCGUAUUAGGAGCGCUAAAACAUCAUGGAACACGCAUGAAAGAAGUUUUUGAAUAUGAAAAAAGGCUUCUGGAUUCUACAACAAUAGAACUAUUGUUCGAAGCAGAUUUAGCAAAGGCCAACUCCAACCGACGCCGCCAAGAAGAGAUUGUUCUCUCAAACUGGAGAGAUUUUCUUCUUGAUUUGGAAGAAGGUACGGAAGUCCCCACACUCAAAGACCUCUUGGUGUUUGUGACCGGGGCUGACGGAAUCCCGCCUCUGGGAUUCGACCCCCUCUCCACGCCUGCUGUUUCACUCGGCAGAAAUUGAAUCACCUGAAGACAAGAAGAAUUUCCUUUUUGCAAACACAUGUGCAAACAGUUUGUCGCUCCCUAUGUUAGUUGACUAUGAGCUUUUCAAGAAGAACAUGGUUGCUGCCAUACAAAUCAAACUUUUUUACAACUGAGUAGAACUGUGACAUAAAUAACAAUGUACAACGAA